UUUUAUUUUUUUUUUGUUUUCUUUAAAAAAAAUUCAUUAUAUAUACUUUUUAUUAUUAUUACUAUUGUCCUUAAAAUAUAAAGCUAAAUAUAUAGAUAUAUAAAUAAAAAUACAUAUAUUCUUUUAGUUGCCUCUUUUUAUAUAUAUACAUACCUUUUAUUUUUAUUUUAUUUUUUUAUUUUUACUCCCUUACUAAUGCCUGAUAAAAAUCAAUUAACUCAAAUGUCUCAAUUUUCAAUUAUUCGGGAAUCACCUGGAGAAACAUAUCAUCCAACUCCUUCACAGAGCAACGCGAAUAAAAAGCAAAGGCCGGCAGAGUUGAAAUUUAAAAUUGAACCUAUUGGUAUUCAACCUGAAGAUGACGAUGAUUUGGAAACUUGUCCCUCUCGAACAAGGUCCAAUUGGCCUCAUCAAAUUAUUCCCUGGUGGAAACCUACAGAACGCGAUGAAAAGCCACCUUAUUCAUAUGCUACUUUAAUUGCUCACGCCAUCUUGACAAGUAAAGAUGGUCGUCUGACUUUAAGCGAUAUUUAUAAAUGGAUUUCGGAAGCUUAUCCGUAUUAUAAAAGAGGACAAAAGGGCUGGCAGAACUCGAUUCGUCACAAUUUGUCUCUUAAUAAAAAAUGGUUUGUCAAAGUAGAUCGUCGUCCAACACAGGCACAUCCUGGUAAAGGUGGAUAUUGGACACUUCAGGUUAAUAUGGAAAAAAUCUUUGUUGAUAAUCUCUGUCAAGCAGGUGGACAUAGCCGAAGACAUCAUGAUAUGGGCAUGUAUAAUUCUUCUCAAUACAAUCGUUCCUCUUCUCAUACUGAAAGUGAUGAAAAUAAAAUGAGAGGUACAAUGGAAAAUAUGUGUCCUAAUAUUCAUAUCACACGUCCUGAGGACUAUGAGGUCAAGAAGAUGAAAACAACUAUCUCUGCUCCACGCAUAAGAAACAUGUCAGCUCAAGAAAAGAAGAAUGCUCAACUCCAAAUAUCUUCUUCAUCUACUGAUACUACUGCUACUGCUACUGCUACUGCUACUGCUACUACUACUAUUGCUGCUCCUAAAACAGAUCCUAAAAACUUUAUCAUUCGUUUUAACCCCCUUGAUCCUGUUAGUAAACGUCGUAGACCUUCUCCAAAGUCAAAUAAACGUCGUAAUUCAGUUGAGCCUGGAUCCUCUACAUCAGAAGAUGAUGAUAGUGCUGUUGAAGUUGACAGCUAUCCAGCCAAAAAAAGAAAAACAACAACAACAACAACAACAACGCCAACAAUGGACACUUUGUACAACACAGCAACAAAUAGUAAUUUAAUUAGACCAUCGGAUGUGAUCGGUGCCAUUUCUACGAACCAUCAUGAAGUGAUGUUGGGCUUAGAUCAAAGUAAUGACUUUUGGAUGUAUGACGAACCUGAACAUUGUAGCUCAGGCAAAAUGUUACUUACUUCCGAAUACCCUUUAUUAUUUGAUGUUGAAGCUCAAAAUAUUUUGCAUGGUUUACAAAGUGUAGCUACACCUCUUAUUCCUCAGCUACCUACUGUUCAACAACAAGCUGUUCAUACCGUAUCUCAUCAUCCUGACAUGAAGACCAUUGAUCUUCAGGCAUUUCCACUUGAAAAGAAUAUUCAUUAUCCUAGUAAUACCUUUUCACUUGAUGAUUUCUCGGAUCCUAAUAGUCAUUUGUUUGUCUCUGAUCUGAUGUCUUAUAAUUUGGAACAAUACAUCGAUUUCGGUGCUAAAAUGAGUGAACCUGUUAUCGCUACUACUAAUCCACCUUCUGAUUUAUUAUAUGAAAAUGGUGAAAAUAUGUUGAAUUCCUACUGGCCAGAAAUUCCUUCUUGUUACAUAAAUUUUGAUACUUCCAAUACAACAUAUAUGCCAUUACAUUAAAACAAAAACAAACAAAAAAAAAUAUCGAUCUAUAAAGCUUCUAUAUAAUGUAUUAUAUACACAUUAUAUACAUACGUACACACACACAUACACCCCACAUAUAUAUACAUAUAUAUCAUCAUACUUUAUACACGUCUUUUAUUUAUUUACAAUAUUUAUAUAUACCAUCAAAUUUAUCCUAUAUACAUAUACCUUUAGCCACACAUCUUUUUGUAAAUUUUCUACAUUUAUUCCUUUGUGUAAUAUUCAAUUUAUAAAUAAAUUCAAAUUUUUUUUCCAACAAA